UUGGUGCUCGAAUGAGCGUAAAGAUAGUUAGAGGUAGAUUUAUAAAGCGUAUCAUCGGCCAAGGUAAAAUACCAACUUUGCGUUAUUUGAGAGACCAUACUUGUUUAAUUUGGAUGUAAAGUACGAGAGUUUAGAUAACCAUUUUCAUUACAGUUUUGAACGGCUUAAUAUAUGGAUUUAUGGAUCUUGAGAGCUCAUUGGGUGAUGCAUGAGAAACGGAUUAAAGUUUUUUGUUUACUAAUUUGGAAAUAAACAUCAUUCUAAAAUUGGAAUUUGGAUUAUAUAGAACUUGAACCAAUUCAUCACUAAUAUUUAGAAAACUCAUUCCGCACAAAUUAAUUCGAGUGCUUAAAAGAGUUUUGGAGUUAGAAAAAAAGGCAUUUGUGUAUUUUACAGGAUUUCCUGUGUAGAGUGUCAGUUUUAUUCCCAAUUUGGAUUUAUAAAUACGGCCGCUUCGGAUUUCUUUCAUUUUAUGAAUAGGCGUAUCUUAGUCUUCGUGAUUAAUUGAUCAACUUGCAUUUUGGCGUGGGAGUUUUGGACUCAGCCAAUCAGAUUGGAGUUACUGGAACUGAUAUUAUUUGGAAACGAAUACCGAGUGUUUCGGCACAGCAUCACAGAUUCUGUGACAAUUGGCAGAUACUAUAUCUGUGAUUAAGAACGUGUAAAGACAAACAAGAAUGGUGAAAUUUUAAAUUAGUAUUGAUUUGUCGUAUGGUAUAAAGGUACUGAAAAUCCUGACAAUAUUUAUUUCCGAUGCAAGCGAAGAAGAACUAAAACUGCUGGACAGAAAACACAUAUAUGUAGAAAGUUUUCAGUAUAUUUGUGAAAUAAGGACUUUAAGAAAUCUACAGUCUUAUCGAUAAGUGGAUUUAACUUGAAGUGAAUUUUUGUUAGGAAAUUUGAACAUUAAGAGCUAUAGCGCAAAGACGGAUUCCAACUGUCAAAAAUGCACCGGAGCCACCCCCGGCAAGAUAAGGUCAGCAAUGAAGUCCAGAGGGUGCGCUCAGCUGCUAGUCACGCGACUCGAACCUGAGUUCACGUGCUAUCUACGGGGCUGCAUUUAUCCUCGCGAUACUCAUGCCAUGCUACCUUCUGGUCCGCUACUAAAGGUACGAGGAUUCCGAAAAUUGAUACUAUCUGUACUGUAUAUUGUUCUACUGUCGUCUCCGACAAUUGCUCAUCCGCUGGAACCUAUCAAAGACAAGCAAAUGGACGGUCCAGAAACUACUGUUAGUGAAGAUGGAAAUAAAAUUACUUUUCAUACGACAGGUUGUCGCCCCUUGACUACAGAAGAGUUGCGCACCCUUAUGGGUGGCGCUUUUGAUGAAACUAAAAUGGCGUAUGAUGAUGAAAGUAUGAAACGGAGUUUGUCUGUGAUAAAUGAAAAUGAUGCCGAUAAUAUCAAUGAUGAUGUCGGUAGUUAUUUAAAAGAUGAAACAGAUAUUGAGGAUAUUAGUGAUACUGAAGACAGUGACGGUACCAUAAGUGUUCAAAGUAGGAAAUAUAUGAGGCGAAAAAGGGACGUUGACGAUAAUACAAACACCCCAUCUGAUAACGGAUUCCUUUACCAGAACAUGUUGUAUGACUCUAUUUCGAAAAGGAAAUCUCGGCAAAAGAGAAGUUCUAGUUUUGGCAAGUUCCAUCCGGCUUGGGAAUGUAAAAAGGAGAAAAGGUGGCUUCAUAUGAAAGAAGGCUAUUUUCCAACACGAAUUUUUGAUGGAUAUUGCGUACAAAAAUCAUGUUUCUUCGGAAUGUACACUUGUAAUGAAGUAAAUUAUAAAAUCAAAGUUUUAAAACGGGACCCAAAUGACGCUUGCCGACCUCGACCCAUGACUGGCAACGCAACAGUAUAUGAAGAAACCUGGACAUUUAUACGCCAGGUCGUAACUGUGGCGUGUGAAUGCGGAACGCCAUCUUCAAGAUCGAAAAGCAGUAAGAAGAAAUCGAGAAAGCGAAAGAAAAACCGAAAUAGAUCGAGGGGAAGAGAUGAAUAAAACGGGUUUUUAUUAUAAAAUGUACAGUUAUUCCAAAAACAAUAACAUUCCCAUUUUCACGUGUUCAGAGUAAAACUAAACGACGAAUCAUACUUCCUGUGUGAUAUGUUAUUACGAGAAUAGAUGUUAGUAUUAACAUUUACGGGAUGAAAAAUUUAUGAAUCCUCCAUUCCCGCGCGAGUUAUUUAACUGAAAGUCUCGUGCGACGAGAAAUGUUCCGAGAUUUCUGUUAAAAAAACGACAUUCUCAUCCAGAGUGUAGAAAUCCAGGGAUUAUCUCCCUUUUCUGACACAAUUAUCUCCAUGUCUGGUUGAUAAUCGUGUAAACAGUGUGACAUAUUUGAAGCACAUGUGAUAUAAAUUAUAAUGAGGCAUUCCUUAUGCAUUCCACAGUACUUGUUGGAAUAUGUAGCGCCAUACUUAUACAGAAUGUAACUAGUUAAUUCGCGAGAACAGAACACUAAAACUAUUUUUAAAUUUGGCCAGUAGAUAUGAGCACAAAUUACAUGUGGAGAUUAAAAAACGGGACGGAAACCGUCGACAUAAUGGUUCUAGUAUUUGUGUAAACCUUGUUACGUUAAAUGCAUAUUUAAAUUAUUGUUGUAUUACUAUUUCUAUACUGAAAGUUAUAAAAAUACAAAAAAAUAAAUUUGAAUCAUAAAAUA